AACAUAUAUCAAAGAUUCUUUUAUCCCGUGUUACAAAGGAACAAAAAAAAAGUGGAAAUUAGUAUUUUUCUUGUGAUAACAAAUGAGAUGCUGGUUUUAUGUAAUCAUUCAAGUGCCAACUUAAGAUAAAAUUGUUCACGGCGUUUCUAAAAGGAUAUCGAUUUUUAUUUAUUUAUUUAGUGUAUAAUAUUUGUGUUAAAAAGGAUAUGAUAUGUUAAUUAAUAUUUAAUAAAGAUGUCUCUGUCAUUUGAAUGAUAAAAAAAAAAAAAAAAAAAAAGAAAGAAAAAAAAAGACAAAGCGAAACAAAUGAUCUAGCAAUCUCUUUUCAAUUAUCUUCAAUAAAUUAUGUAAAGUUGGAUAAUCCGUACAUAUUUCUUUAAAAUUUUCUACAAAAAAAGAAAAAAAAAAGAAAAGAAAAGAAAAAGAAAUCACUUAAGUAUUAAUCUAUCUUAUUUCAAAAGUUAUAAAAUAUUAUCUAUAUUAUUUAUGUGCAAUUGCUUUUGUCCAUAUAAAUUGUGAACAGUUUAAUCACUCUAUAUAAUACUGAUUAUCUUCCAUAUUGAGAUAAACAUAUACUUUUUAUUGUUAUUAUUAAUAUAUAUCAACUAACUCAAAGAUGAAUUGUGAGAAACAAGGAUACAGAAUUGAAAAAGAUACAUUUGGAGAAUUAAAAGUUCCUAAUGAUAAGUAUUAUGGAGCACAGACUGUACGAUCGAUGAUGAAUUUUGCCAUUGGAGAUUCAUUUGAACGCAUGCCUUAUGGUAUUAUUGUUGCAAUGGGAAUAUUAAAGAAAGCUACAGCUGAAGCAAAUAAAGAAUUUGGGUUGGACCCAAAAAUCGCUGAUGCUAUUAGUAAGGCUGCUGAUGAUGUUAUAAGUGGUAAACUUUAUAAUGAACAUUUUCCAUUAGUGAUUUGGCAAACAGGUUCUGGAACUCAAACAAAUAUGAAUGUUAAUGAGGUGAUUUCCAAUCGCGCAAUUGAAUUACUUGGUGGAAAACUUGGAUCAAAAAUACCAGUUCAUCCCAAUGAUCAUGUAAACAAGUCACAAAGUUCUAAUGACACAUUUCCAAGUGCAAUGAACAUAGCUGUAGCAUUAGAAAUUAACAAAGUACUUCUACCAGGUUUAGAAUGUUUAUUAGAGGCAUUAAAAUCAAAAGUAGAAGAAUGGAAGGAUAUAAUUAAAAUUGGAAGAACUCAUACACAAGAUGCAGUACCUCUUACAUUGGGACAAGAGUUUUCAGGCUAUGCAACACAAAUUCAAAAUGGAAUUUGUAGAGUUAAAGAUACUCUUCCACGGUUAUAUGAAUUAGCAUUAGGUGGUACAGCAGUUGGGACAGGAUUAAAUACGCCAAAAGGAUUUAGUGAAAAGGCAAUUGCAGGAAUUGCUAAGUUAACUAAUUUACCAUUUGUCCCAACAUCAAAUAAAUUUGAAGGUCUUGCUACGCAUGAUGCUCUGGUUGAAGUACAUGGUGCAUUAAAUACCGUUGCCGUAUCUAUGAUGAAGAUAGCAAAUGAUAUUCGAUUUUUGGGAAGUGGUCCUCGCUGCGGUUUAGGAGAAUUAUCCUUACCGGAAAAUGAACCAGGCAGUUCAAUUAUGCCAGGAAAAGUUAAUCCUACUCAAUGCGAAGCAGUUACAAUGGUUUGUUGUCAAGUGAUGGGAAAUCUUGUUGCCACAUCUAUUGCUGGAAGUAAUGGUCAUUUCGAACUUAAUGCAUUUAAACCAGUAAUAGUAGCCAAUACAUUACGAUCUACAAGAUUAUUAGGAGAUGUUGCUGUAUCGUUUACAAAGAAUUGCGUUGUUGGAAUAAAAGCAAAUAAGGAUCAUAUAAGCAAAUUAUUGAACGAAAGCUUAAUGUUAGUUACUGCUCUUAAUCCACACAUUGGAUAUGAUAAGGCUGCUAUUAUCGCUAAACAGGCUCAUAAAGAAGGAAGUACUUUAAAAGAAUCUGCAUUGAAAAAUGGAAUAACUGCUGAACAAUUUGAUCAAUGGGUCAGACCUGAAAAUAUGCUUGGACCUAAAUAAAUUUAUAGAAAAUAACAUAAAAUGUGUUAUUUUUGAAAUAGCUUAUUUUGAAAAGUACAUACAUUUUUUUUUUCUUUUUUUUUUCUUUUUAUAGAGAAUUCUUCCCUUUAUACAAAAGAGCACUGAAAAAAAUGUUCUAUAACAUUAAAAUCUUGAUUAUAAUACCAUCUAUUAUCAACAAUCACAGUUUUAUAUUUGUAAUUGUUAACAUGUAUAAUUAAAUGUAAUUGAUAAAAUUAAAUAAAUAUUUAUUUAUCGUUAGUUUAA